AAGAUUUGGAUCGUACAGCUUAUUUUCUUAUAUUUUUUUCUAAGCAUUUCUUUUGUAGAUUCACUUUUACUUGAUGAAUUAUGUAUAAUUCUAGGGUUGUUAUGAUUCUAAUUACUGGGAUUGUGUUACUUUUUAUCAUUGUUGUUUCCAUAUUGUGGAUGUUUGUGGUUUGUUUCAAUUGUUCGCAGGAUCAUAUGAUGCAGAUCAACUUCUGCAAGGUAGGGUGUAUGAGAUUAGUGAUAUGUUUUGGGGGCUUCAUCAUCAAUAGUUCAAGAAUAAAUGUUGAUUAUACAUUUAUAAAAAAGAAGAAAUCUUAACUAAUUACCUUUUUUUGGUCUAAUGAUUCACUUUGAUGCGUAAUAGCUAUUGGAUAUCAAAUAAAUCUUGAUUCGAACCUUUAAUUAUGAAGGCUUAGUCUGUUAUGUGUUUCAGCUCUUGGAAUUUGCGUUUUAGUUCCUUUUCAGUGUCCAAAAGAAAAAUGAAACUCUAAAUUAAUGAUUGGUAAAUACUCUGGGUUGACUGGUUCAUACUUCUCUGUCUUGAAGGUGACCAAUUUUUUCUAUACAUUAGUUCAGGGCAUUAUUUAUUUUCUCAACCAGCACGCUUCUGCGUAAAUCUUGUGAAUCUCUCACUUGGGCUUCCGCAUUUUAGGAAAAAUGACAGUUAUUUUGAGAACUACCACUCUACUUUAGGGCAUUGUCACAUACUGAUUAUAAGUAUCGUUCAAUUGAAUUAUCAUCCAAGCCAUGUAGAUGCCAGAUCUGAGAAUGAAUUGCCUAAGAUGCUCCUUAUCCCCAAAACCAAAAACAAAAGCGUAAGGAUGUUUAUUACUCAUUGAUCCUACUGUUGGGCUUAUGAAGUUGAAGACGGGAACAUAAUUGAAAAAAAGAACUAUGACGGGAACAUAAUUGAAAAUGCAUGGGGAGUUGGAUCCUGUGAGUUAUUUUUGAUGAAUAAAGAAAUAUUACUUUUAUUGUUUUAACAUUGCUCGUGCAAUUAUUGUCAAUGUCAUCAUUUGUUUUUUUACUAAUGCUCUACAUUGUGGAUAUUCUUGUUUGAUCAAUACUUGGAUCCCUAUCGCAUGUUUCUGGAUUGAUAACUAUCUUCUGUUAAAUCUAGCUAUGAUUUCUGUGGGACACUUUGCGAUCCAUAUCUUUAUACACAUGCAUGAGAAAAUGGCUCAUGCAUGGCAUGAAAACAAGAAAAGUAAGGAAGUAAACUAGAUUACUAGAAUAACAAGAUAUGUUGUUCUAAUUUAUUAUGUUUGAUAAAAGAGAUCAACUUGAUUAAUAUAGAUAUGCGCCUUUAGAGCUUUAGUUUCAUGGAAUUGGAGCAGUAGCAGGAGCAAAGGAUAUAUCCCUACCAGAGGCUUCCUAUCUUAUGAGCAUUGUAUAUAUAGAAAUAGUAAACUUUCAUAAAAAUCUGGAAAAUAUUAUUCAUUAUUUUGUAGUAUAUACAUAUAGCAUGAAGAUUGUUUAGCCAUGACAAAGGGUGGAAAUUGGCACACGUUUACUAUAUAAAGAGGCAACAAAAUGUCCAAGACAAACGUACUACUUUCCCAUCUCGUUAUAAAGAAUUAUCAUGGUAAAAUAUUGCAUGAUAGCUCAAAGGAAAAAAAGAAAAGAAAAACAAUUAUGGUUUGGUUGCCAUCAAACUAUGAUUCCAUAUGUAUUGUCAAUAUCCAGAUAUGUCUAUGUGAAACAAGAAAGGAUUAAGUUUAUGCCAAGACAUUGUAAAUGCUUUCCAAACAUGUAAAAAUAUCUGGAAAUGAUCAUGUGCUUAUCACUGUUUAUAUAUGUCCGCCACUGAUGCACCUCUAAUACAUAUGCAUCAAAGUAACAUAACUCAAAACAUCAUUUAUGAAAAUGUAUCAUUCGGUAUUCUAAUACUCCCAUUAUGCAUCUGAAAUCGUACGUACUUCAAUGGAACUUGAUAAUGGGCUCGGACAAAGUCAGGACUUUGAUGCUCAGAUUCCCUUCCUAAUAUGGUUUAGCAUAGCAUGUUCCCCUCUUUGAAACACAAAAUUAACCUUAUAAUGCAUUUUGUAUUUCCCAUACUGGGGCGCUUCAAAGGAAAGAGGGGACUCUUACUUAACAUUCUUAGUGGAAAGAGUUUCCUUAAUACGGGGAACACGUUCCUAAGAGAAUGGGAACUCGUUCCCACUCCUGUAAUACAUAACCGCACAUAACCAUGUUCUGGGAGCAGGAGGGCCUUCAUAAAUGGAAAAUCCCGGUAAGUAUGGUGAAGAUUAUCAAUAUCCUCUGUUGUUUCUUAGGGGCAAUGAUGGCAAGACGGUUAGCUGCGUAUUCAGAUCUGUUGAGUUUGAUAUGUUAUGGUGUUACUUUUUUUUGUGUUGAUUUGAGAGUGUUCAACCAAUGGGGCUUCAUAGCCUUCUAUAUUUGGCUUGGGAAUUUCCAUUCUCUCGACUUGAUGAUAAAUUGAGUUUCAAAAUCAUUUUUUUUCAACAGCUAGAGUCUAGUCUCUUUCAAAACAUAAAUUAUUCUAUGAGACAUGUCUAAUUAUAUAGCAUCAUCAUAACUACUAAUGAGAACCCCUGUUAAUACCACCCCCAAGGAAAACACCAAUCAAUCUACCCUCAUUCUUUGCAUGUUCAAUUAGCUUACUGGCACUUUCAACCUUUGUGGUGUAAAGUAACAAGGGUGGAGUACCUGAGCUUCUAAUAUAAACCUUGAGGAGUCCCAGUAAUCAUUAUAGAUAAACCAACAAUGGAGAACAAAAAGCCCAUUUCAGAAGUCCCAUUUGAUAUAAAUCUAAAUCAAAAGUUUGUGUAAACUCUAAUAAUUUGCUGAUCAAAUAUUUCACUUUACAAUCUCUUAGAAAAUCAUAAUUUGGUUUUACUUGUCAACAGAAUUUCUUAUUGCUGUAAUUUCUCAAAAAAAAUUUGGAAAGCUUUUGCUUUCUAAAAAACUGGGAUAAUAUAAUAAUAGAUAAACUACAAAAGAAAUUAUAUUCCCUUGAAAUUUGUUUACUUUUAAAUCCUAUUAAAAGCUAACACUUAAAGAAAAAAAUCUAUUAACAUGCUCAAAGCUUUCGCAUCAAAAUACAACCAAGGAGAAAUUCUUGUUAUAUUUAAGAAAACUGCAGCCAUUUCUUUUUAUGAAAAAUUGUCAUAUUUCCAGAAAUUAUAUUUUUGCCAUUAUCAACACCAUCCCCAAGGGACACACCAGUCAAUCUAGCUCACAUUCUUUGCAUGUUCAACUUGUUCAUUGGCACUUUCAAACAUUGUCGCAAAAAAUAAACAAGGGUGGAGAAUUACCUUUACCUAAAGUGCUCAAACUUCUAAUACAACCUUGAGGAGCCCCACUAAUCUUGAUGAUAAACCAACAAUGGGGAACACUAACACGCAUUUUACAAGUCCCACUUGACAUAAAUCUAAAUCAAACUUUUGUGUAAUCUCUAGUAAUAUGCUGGCAAUAUUUGUUAUGCUAGAAGGUCUUAGAAAAUCAUGAUGUGGUUUUACUUGUUAACAGGGAAAAAAAAAUGAAGAAAAAAAGACAUGGUAUUACAUUUUGCAAGCUGCACUACACAUGGGUUUAUCGAGAUGGGUGCAUGCUUUAACCUUAUGCCUUGUCUUAUCAAGCCUGCAACCAACUCUCGGCAUCAGAUUUGUUAUUGAUAGGGAGGAGUGUUUCUCUCAUUCAGUGCAGUAUGAAGGGGAUACUGUUCAUGUGUCUUUUGUUGUAAUCAAGACAGAAAAUGCAUGGCACUAUGGAGAUGAUGGUGUGGAUCUUGUGGUGAAGGGUCCUUCAGGGGAUCAAAUUCAUGAUGCCCGUGACAAAACGAGUGAGAAGUUUGAAUUUGUGGCUCAUCACAAGGGACUUCAUCGCUUCUGUUUUACGAACAAAUCCCCCUACCAUGAAACCAUUGAUUUUGACAUACAUGUUGGCCAUUUUGCAUACUUUGAGCAGCAUGCAAAAGAUGAGCACUUCAACCCCUUGUUGGAACAGAUUGCCAAGUUAGAAGAAGCCCUUUACAAUGUGCAAUUCGAGCAGCACUGGUUGGAGGCUCAAACAGAACGCCAAGCACUCGUGAAUGAGGGGAUGAGCAGGAGGGCUAUUCACAAAGCUCUUUUCGAGUCAGCAGCCCUUGUUGGAGUGAGUGUCCUUCAGGUUUAUCUUUUGCGCCGCCUCUUCGAAAGGAAGCUUGGCACCUCCAGAGUUUAGAUCAUCCUUGCAAUGUAGGUUUCAUAAUUGUUCUUUUGAUCACAAGAAUUUCUUGUUUCAUGGCAUAAUCUAAUCCCUUAUUAAGGGACUAAAAGUUUUCGCAGGUGUUUUGUAAACCAACAAGAGUUCAUGUUUUUUUCAUCAAUUAAUUCAUGGAAAUAUUUUGAGAGA